ACGAAAAGCUGGCCUUGAACUCCGACAGACGCGUUUCGUUUCUUCUUGGAUAAACGCGCACGUACAUUGUAGCUCGAGAAAAUGGCGCAGGCUAAACCGAUUCUGUAUUCUUAUUUUCGUAGUUCGUGUUCGUGGAGAGUACGAAUUGCUUUGGCAUUUAAAAAUAUUGAUUACGAAUACAAAGCUAUUAACUUACUGAAAGGCGAACAGUACUCAGAAGAAUUUCUAAAAAUUAAUCCAUGUGGUUCAAUUCCCGUUCUAGUUGAUAAAGGAAAUGUUAUUUGUUCGUCGUCUGCUAUUCUAGAAUAUUUGGAAGAAACGGUACCUUCAGCACCAUUAUUACCUUCAGAUCCUGUGUCUAGAGCUCACGUCAGAGCUAUUGAAGAUAGUAUAGUUGCUAGCAUCCAGCCACUUCAAAACGUGAAAGUUCUUAAACAUGUUGGUGCGGAAUCUCAAGCAUGGGGAAAGCAUUGGAUUGAAUCAGGGUUCAAAGCUUUGGAAAAAAUCCUAGAGACAACUCAUGGUAAAUACUGUUUUGGAGACAAAGUUACUUUUGCAGAUGUAUGUUUGGUGCCUCAAGUCUUCAAUGCUAAACGCUUUAAUGUUGACAUGGCUCCGUACCCAUUGAUCAGACAAAUAUCAUCAAGGUUGAAUGAAUUAAAAGAAUUCAAGGUCAGUCAUCCAUUUGUGCAACCGGAUUGCCCAGACGAUCUGAAGGUUUCCAGUUAAAUUUCAGGUAAUUUUUAACAGAAGAUUAAAGUUACUGAAGAAAAAUAUUUUGACAUUUUAUAAAAGGUUGCAUAAGUUUUUUCAACAUCAAAUCUAAAUUGUGUGGCAGCUUUUUUCAUUUCUUCAUGUAAAAGAAUAAUUAUCACCAAGAUUUGUUAAUAUAUGGAAUUAAAUAUAUUUUUUCCACGUUA